AUGCGGUCCCAGUCUAUCCUGCCGGUCCUCAUGGCCGCGGCCAUUGGACAUACUGUUGCCCAGGAGGAGGAGCGCGUUACCGGGGAACUCGGCGACGCCCAAAUCGUCAGCGGCAACCCCCCCGGCCUAGUCUACGAAGCCGUCCUACCCGAGGAACCCUGGGCCUCAGGCCUGAGCAUGCAAGGCAACGUCAAGGGCUCCAUCGUCGCCGCCUCGGCCCCCGACGGCGUCGGCGUCGAAUUCCGCGUCCGCUUCUCCAACCUCCCCACCUCCGACGGCCUGCUCUCCUACCACCUCCACGCCGCCCCCGUCCCCGAAGACGGCAACUGCACCCAGACCCUGGCCCACCUGGACCCGUACAUCCGCCGGGGCUCGCCCCCGUGCGACGCCUCCGCCCCGGAGACCUGCGAGGUGGGCGACCUCAGCGGGAAGCACGGCCUGAUCGACCCGGCCGGUGGUGCUUUCGAGGCCGUGUACGUCGACGAGUUUGCGUCGCUCAUCGAGGGCCAGGGCGCGUUUUUCGGGAACCGCAGUUUUGUGUUGCAUCUUGCUUCCGACUUGACGCGGGUGACGUGCGCCAAUUUCGUGCUU